AUGAGUCAGGACCAGGCUGAGCAGAACAUUCAGAUGUGGAAGGUCAAGAAGCUCAUCAAGAGCCUUGACGCCGCCAGGGGUGCCGGCACGUCCAUGAUCAGCCUGAUUAUGCCCCCAAAGGACCAAAUUUCCCGUAUUUCCGCGAUGCUGACGCAGGAGUACGGCACCGCGUCUAACAUCAAGUCUCGCGUGAACAGGCUGUCCGUGCUUGCAGCGAUCACAAGCACCCAGCAGCGCCUGAAGUUGUACAAUCGCGUACCACCCAACGGGCUCGUCCUCUUCGUCGGCACCAUCCUCACAGACGAAGGCAAGGAAAAGAAGGUCUCCUUCGACUUCGAACCACACAAGCCUAUCAAUACAUCUCUGUACCUUUGCGACAAUAAGUUCCACACGGAGGCGCUCCAAGAGCUGCUCGAGUCCGACUCCAAGUUCGGUUUCAUAGUCAUGGACGGCAAUGGCACGCUCUUCGGCACCGUCGCGGGCAACACGCGCGAGGUCAUUCACAAAUUCACCGUCGACCUCCCAAAGAAGCACGGCCGCGGUGGACAGUCAGCCCUCCGUUUUGCGCGUCUGCGCGACGAGAAGCGUCACAACUACGUCCGCAAAGUCGCGGAGCUCGCCGUCCAGCAUUUUAUCACGAACGAUAAGGUCAACGUGACCGGGCUGGUGCUCGCGGGAAGCGCGGAUUUCAAGACGGAGCUUAGCCAGAGUGACAUGUUCGAUCUGCGGUUGGUGGCCAAGAUCAUCAAGGUGGUUGAUGUAAGCUACGGCGGAGAAAACGGUUUCAAUCAGGCAAUCGAACUCGCAGCCGAGUCACUCGCAAACGUCAAGUUCGUGCAAGAGAAGAAACUGAUCCAAAAGUACUUCGAUGAGAUCAGUCAAGACACUGGCAAGUACUGCUUCGGUAUUGACGAUACCUUGAGGGCUCUAGAGAUGGGUGCCGUCGAGACGCUGAUCGUGUGGGAGAAUUUGGACGUUACUCGUUAUGUCCUCCGCAACGCUGCAGGUGAGGAUAUCGUUAUUUUCGCAAACAAAGAACAAGAGAAGGACCGCGAAAUAUUCCUGGAUAAGUCGACCGGGGUGGAGAUGGAGCAAUCGUUGGAGCCGCAGUCGCUGCUCGAGUGGUUCGCGGAGAAGUACAAGGAGUUCGGUGCGAACCUCGAAUUCGUGACGAACCGGUCGCAGGAGGGUGCACAGUUCGUCAAGGGCUUUGGCGGCAUCGGCGGGCUACUCCGGUACAAACUCGACUUCACAAACCUCUCAAGCGUCGACGAUGACGACGAGGACGAGUUCUACAACGACGACGAAGCUAUCUGA